CCCAAUGAAGCCCAAGGCUUAGUUUUCCCUACGAAGUGACAUUAAAUGGAAAAGACUUCCGUAAGAGGCUAAAGAUAUAAGGAUAAAUAUGAAAACUUGGAGAACUAAGACAAAGCUGAGCAUCUACGUAUAUGUAUAUAAGCUAUUCCCCAAGAUGAGGGUAAAGAUUUGCUUAACAAAUUUGUGAAGAUCUAUAGAAUCCAACUCUUAAACACCUUACCAAAAUCCACUCCUCCCUUUUGGUUCGGCUUAGUGUCACUUUGAGAUCUGGGAUCCCAGCAAUCCCUGCAUGACAUUUUGCUCUGUUCGACUUUCGGUUAUAUUCCUUUUCGGCUUUGAAUCAAAAUUUCGAUUUUCAAUUAAAAUUCCAAAUUCAAAAUUCCCAGCAAUGGUCAGUGGUGGUUCACAGAGAGCAGCAAAGCCCAAGCCCAAGGCCAGUGGCAGUACUAACAGCCGCUCAAACGUGACCAUGCGGUCGGGAGGUAUCUCGGCGAUCGAUUCCACGGCUCUGAAUGCGCGACGCAUCAAGCGUAAUCCCCGUUCGGCGGCUGGAGCCCUGGCGCUGGGAGGGAGGAUUGCUGGGAACCUGGGAGCUGCAACGAUGGGCUUCAACACGGGACGUGUCUCCGCCUUGGGUCCGGGGGGUGCGGGCACGGGAACGGGCGCCCAAACCACGAAGCUGCUAUCGACGGUGUCUUCAAAGGUCCACGAAUACCAACGAUCGCCGCUUCGCAGGGGAACAGUCUCUGCCGUGUCUGCCCCCCCCUCGUUUGUUGCCAAAGUUCCUUUUGCCACGCCGUGCUCUAGUGUCAGCGCACCAAACCUAGUACCCAUCCAUUCAGCCCUCAAGAAGAGCUCGCUGUCCCGCAAGGUGGGCGGUGGCAAGGUCGUCGACUCCAGUGCCAAGCGCAGGGUCAAAUUCUCGGCCAAUGUGCACACCUUCCCCUUGGCACCCACCAAGAAGUCGUCGCGCAUCGGCGAACUGCAGCUGAAGAAGCGCGUAAAGAAGCUGAAGCGUAAUCGAACGCGCAAGGAGGGCGGCAGUGGCUUCCUUAGCGAAGGUCGCGCUGGCUUUGGCCUGAGCAGCAUCGGGAUCGCAGGAUAUAGCGCCAGCCCGAACAACAACCACCACGGCAACAUUGUAGAUGUGCAGCCGGCGCCACGGAUUGCCAGGAAAAGUGUUGCUGCUGCCUCAGGAUCAAGAGCCUACCCCAUUCGUGUGAAAUCGAAGCUUGCAACUUCUCUAGCGACUGCGACAUUAAAUGCCAGGUAUCCGUGCAGCAGCCUAACAUUGAGCGCCACCAAGGAGAGGACCAAUCUUGCCAAGGGCCAGGCCAAAAGCAAGUCUAGCAGCACGCAGCCAUUGCGUACAGCCACCUCCUCCCGCCUGGGUUACACUCCAGUGGCGGGUGUCAAUCGCAAGAAGACCACUCCGGUGACCAUUACGAAGGGCGGUCGUCGUCGCCGUAACAGCCAUGGAUAA